AAACCAAAGCGCACAUCUCAAACGGAUCAGCCGCUUAGGGUUUCUCCCCUCCCCCCUCUCUCCCUCUCCCGCACCGUGUCGCAUCCCUAACCCUAGCGCUCGCCCAUCCGCGGCGUCCAUGGCGGCGGAAGCGCCACCGCCGUCGGCGGCGUCGGCGUCAUCCUCCUCCUCGUCAUCCGCGGGCCCGCGGGCGCCUGCCGCGGCCGGCUCCAGUGGAGGGGCGGCGGCGGCGGCAGCCUCGCCGGACUCGUACAUCGGGAGCCUCAUCAGCUUGACGUCCAAGAGCGAGAUCAGGUACGAGGGCAUCCUCUACAACAUCAACACCGAGGAGUCCAGCAUCGGCUUGCGCAAUGUUCGAUCAUUUGGAACCGAAGGACGCAAGAAAGACGGGAUGCAAAUUCCUGCUAGCGACAAAGUUUAUGAGUACAUACUUUUCAGGGGAAGUGAUAUCAAGGAUUUGCAAGUUAAGUCAUCACCACCUCCACCGCCACCGCCGCAACCAGCUGCCCCACACAAUGAUCCUGCCAUAAUACAGUCACACUACUCUCAGUCAGCGUUAGCUUCUUCAAGUUUGCCUUCUGCUGGAAGUACAGUACUACCAGAUCUCAGCUCCCAGGCAGCUCAAUACGGGCUUCAGAGGCCAAGUUUCCAGAGUAAUAUUCCUCUAUAUCAACCUGGGAGUGCUCCAUGGGGAUCGUCUGCUCCACCUGCUGGAAAUGCACCAGCUCUUUCAGUUCCCCCAAUGUAUUGGCAGGGAUAUUAUCCACCUGGUGGGCUUCCACCUCAUUUGCAGCAAACUCCUUUGCUCCAGCCCACACCAGGAUUAUCAGUUCCCCAGGGUCUCCAAUAUGCAGGAUUGAAUCCCAAUUUAUCAUCAGGGCCACAAAAACUGUCAGAAUUGCAGCCACCCUUUUUGCAACCACCUGGUAGUACCCAAGGCCCUUCCUCAGGCAUCCUGCCCACUACAACAGCACCUUCUUCUGCUAACUUAUUAGCUCCAGAAACUUCAAAACCUUUGCUGCCGAAUAUGGGUCCUUUGUUUACUCCUCCAGUUUCAUCUGUUGGUGCCACCCUUCCUUUAGCUAGUCUGCCAACAUCCAUCGCUGAAAGUAGUGCAACAGCGUCACAUAAUUUUAACUCACUUGUUAGCAAUAAGAUUGCGGAUAUUCCAGGUUCAACAUUGGCAUACCAGUCAGUGUCUCAGGCAAUUUCUUCGACUGUUGCUUCAUCUAGCUCAGCCCAAAUGGAUAUGCCGGUACCUUUGUUGGCAUCAUCAGGUCAACUACUGCAGAAUGCUCCAUCGAUGCUUUCAUCAUCUCAGUCCAUGCAGACACCUUUACAGAUGAGCAGCAAAGACUUCAAGACUGUUGAAUCUAAAACUAGGGUUGUAGAGCCAUUGCUGCCUGAUCCAUCAUCACGUGCUCUACCUGAAAAUAUGGAGCCUAUAUUACCAUUGCCGAAACAAACACCUCAAAAGUACAAUGGAGCUGGUUCACACAGCAAUCACAACUUCAGGGGACGUGGGAGGGGUAGGGGCAGUGCGUUUUCGCAGUCAGUAACAAAUUUUACUGAAGAAUUUGAUUUCAUGGCCAUGAAUGAGAAGUUUAACAAAGAUGAAGUCUGGGGUCAUCUUGGUAAGAAAACCCAGUCUAGGGACAAAGAUGGCGAGCUAGGAGAUGAUGUGUUUGAUGAAGACCUGGAGUACGAGGAAACAGAAAAUCCUGAGUUAGCAGCUAAGCCUGUCUAUGUCAAGGAUGACUUUUUUGAUUCCCUCACUAGUGGAACAUUUGGACGUGGAGGGCAAAACGGGAGGUCAAGGUUUUCAGAACAGCGAAAACUGGAUACAGAGACUUUUGGUGAUUUUCCAAGGCAUCGCCAGCCCUACCGUGGUGGUGGUCGUGGUUACCGUGGUGGUGGUCGUGGCCGUGGAUCAUACUAUGGCGGCAGAGGGUAUGGGAACAUGGGAGGAAGGGGUGGUGGGCAGGGCAACUCCUAUCCUCACCGUGGUUCCUACUGAAUGGGUUGAUAAUGAUCGAAGAUAUGUACUGUCAGUGAUACCGGCAGGUGUUGUAUCCUUUACCAUGAUGCAUCGGCUCUUACUGUUGUCCAAAUAAACGGAACUUAGCGCGCCCCUUGUGUUGGGCAGGGGCCGUAGGUUUGAUGUCCGGUGGUUGGUUUAUACCCCGCCCCUUUGUUCUGUUAGAGUUGUCAGUAGAUGGGGGCAGUUGAUGCUCUAUUAUGUCAUAUUAUAUAGUAGGUGCAAACUGUGCCUCUUACUCUUUAGGGUGUUACCAUGUGAAUGGGAUUUAGUUUGUAUAGGCAGAUCUCAUUCCUGGUAUUACACCAUGCUGAGCUUAACUCACUCGGUGACUCUCUCGUCUUUCAUAGACUAGCUGCUGUGUUUGUCUGUUUUUUACCUUUAUAUGCUAAAGAGACUUUGAAUUUAAA